AUGGCCGAAACGAGUAGCAAUCCGAAGCCUGAUCAGAUGACCUUGUCACUUACACUGUCGCAGGGUUUAACCCCACGCGAGGCCAAGCCCGAAGAAAGAGGCAUCCGCCUUAUUCAAUUGCUCUUAAAAUGUGCCAAGCAUGCUUCCUCUGGCAACUUACACCGUGCCGAUGAGUGUCUCCGGCAGAUAACGCUGCUUGCCUCCGUGUCCGGUGACUCCAUGCAACGUCUCUCAGCAUGGUUCGCCUCUGCUCUUGCCGUGCGCCUUGUUAAGCGUUGGCCUGGCCUACAUAAGUCCUUGAACUACUCUCAAUUGCAGAAACAAGAACAGUUCGAUCAAGCUCGACUGCAUGUUGGGCGAGCGUUUCCCUACCUCGCGUUAUCUUAUGCCAUCAUAUCUCGGACACUCGUCAAGGCCAUGACGAGUGAGCGAGUCAUCCAUCUUGUCGACCUAGGUUCCGGUGAUCUGAACUUGUGGAUUCCGCUGAUUCGGAGCUUUUCGUGUUUGCACACCGAACCGCCUCUUUUGAAGAUCACUUGCAUGAAUGCUAACAGGGUAAGAUUGGAGAAUUUAGGCACAAGGCUAGUGAAAGAGGCUGAAACACUCAACAUUCCAUUCCAAUUUAGCUCUCUAAAUGUUAGUUUAAGAGAGCUAACAUUAGACAAACUUAAGGUAACGUCAGGGGAAGCCUUAGCUUUCAUUUCAAUCUUAAAUCUCCAUACUUUAUUAGCCGAAGAUGAUAGUGUAGAUGCACAUUUCAGCCACAACAACAAGACUAAUGGCAUCAAAGAUUCGAAGCAAAUGUCUCAAUUUUUAUCGACGAUCCGAUCAUCGUCGCCUAAACUUUUGUUCUUAGUCGAAAAAGAAGCUGACCAUAAUCUAAACAAAUUAAUUGAUCGGUUCGUUGAGGGAUUGCAUUAUUACAGUGCGGUGUUCGAUUCGGUCGAUGCUACACUCAGGGCCAAUGCCUCGAGUGGGGAAAGACUUGUUUUGGAGGAAAUGUUUGGGAAAGAAAUUGAAAACAUUGUGGCAUGUGAAGGGGUUGAACGAGUAGAGAGACAUGAGAGGUAUGGGAGAUGGAUGGUUCGGUUUGGGCAAGCCGGGUUCAAGCCGGUCCGGAUGUGGCAUGACUCGAUGGAAGAUGCCAAGGAAAUGAUGGAAGCAUGUGGUAGAAAUGGUUACAAUAUUGUUAAUGAAAAGGCAAGUUUGAUGAUUUGUUGGCAUGAUAGACCAUUAUAUGCAGUGUCUGCAUGGACUUGUUAG